AUGUCUAACGAAGACACAAUUACUAAAGAUGCAAGAUGGCUACCAACUCAAUGUUGGGAAUCAUGUUGUGAUAGGACGCGGGAACUAACGAAGGAGGAUAAAUCUUCUCAGGAUGAAGGAGAAGGAGAAAAAACUGAAGAAGAUAAGCCUAAGCCAAAUGAGAAAAAAGAAGAAGAAAAACCUGUUGUUAAUGAUGCUAAAGAAGAGCCCCCCGCAAAUGAUGAUACUCCUGAGACUCAAGGAGCUUCAGGUGAUACAGCUGAAACAGAAGGGGAUGACAAAGAGGAAUUAAAAAAACCUGCUAAAAAGCGACCGGUUAAGGUAAACGAUGAAGUUAAAGAUGAAGGAGAGGAAGAAAAUGAAGAAGAAACGGUUGAACAGGAUGAAGAAAUGAAAAAUGGAGUCGAAGAAAAAGAAUCUAGAAAAAAAGAUGAAAAAGAAAUAAUAAAAAAAGAAGAGGUUGAUGUACCUAAUGGAAAAGGAACUGUAUUUUCAGACUGUCCAAGAAUUGAUUUUUUUAUAAAACAAAAAGAAGUUGAUCAAUUAAAAAAAUUACAUCAGGUAUUAUAUGGAAAAGUUGGAAAACCUGAUAAAAUCAAAGGAAAUCUUUUAUUAUUUAAAGGUUUCGAUUAUGAACCAGAAAGUGAUGCCUACAUAAAGAAAAAACAGUUUAUCGGAAAGUUGGAUGUAAAACAUUUAAAAGACAUGUGUGACGUUUUGGAUGUUGAAAAAAAGGGAAGAAAAGAAGAAAUUGUUAACAGAAUUAUGGACUUUUUAAUGGAUCCCAAGGACUCAGGAAAACCUUUGCCCCCUCAACCAACCCCUAGGCCUAAACGUUCAAGUGCAGUAAAAGCUAAUAAUAGAGGUUAUGCUGGUUUGGAUGCAGAUGAUUCAGAUGACGAAGAAGGAGGACGAGGUCGCGGACGGGCAACAGGUAGACGAAAUAAAUCUCGACCAAGUUAUAAAGAUGAGAGUAGUUCGGAAGAUGAAAGACGAGGAAGAAAAGGAGGAGGGAAAAAAUAUGCUGAAAGUGACGACGACGACGACGACGACGAUGAUGAUGAAGAAGCAGAAUCGGAACCAGAAUUAACCCCUAGUGAAUCCGACUCAGAUUCUCCGAAAAAGAAAAAAACAAUGGGAACAAAAUCAAAAGGAAAAGGUCCCGCUAAGCGAAAAGCUCCCAUGAAAGGUGGGAAAAAAACUCCCGGGAGAAAAGGGAAAAAGAAGGCUGAUUCCGAGUCGGAAGGACCAUCAGAAUCAGAAGAUGAACCGUUGCAAAAGAAGUCGAGAAAACCUCCUACUGAUGAAGAAAUCAAAAAAUAUGUCAAACAAAUUCUCGACGGAGCCAAUCUUGAAGAAAUAACAAUGAAAACAGUAUGCAAACAAGUUUACGGUCGUUAUCCGGAUCACGAUUUAACACACAAAAAGGACCUCAUAAAAACAACCGUUAAAUCUGAUAAACAUUGCUUGCUCAUCUGA